UUUUGUGAAAUUCUCACAGAUCGCAGAAGAAAAUGCUGAGAAUGCAAAGUUGAGAGAUGGUAAGCUCAAUGCCAGAAUCGUGGAACUAGAACAGUCGGCAAAGAAAGUGAAAAUCGAUUUGCGAAAUUGGAACAGAAGCAAACCCAGUUCAUCGGAUCAAUCUAAUUUAUCGUGUGAUAUAUCGCGAGAACAGAAAAAUGACCAAUCAAAAUCUCAGAAUGCAUCUUCUGGCUCGCUUCAAAAUUCAAUCUCACAGAGUAAGAAUGACCUUGUGUCUAAAUUAGAUCAAUCAAAGAUAAAGUCUCCUUGUCUUGAGCCCAAAUUAUCUAUUGAUCAAGUGCAAAAUGACAUCCCUGAACUAAGUAAUAUCCUGUCCCAAAUAGCAAAAGCUAGUACAUUGGUAAAAAUUCCCUAUAAUCAGAGAGUAGAACAAG